AUGAAAAGCCUUGCAAAUCUGCCUGUAUGCGACCGAAAAGAUCUACGCUAUCUCGCCGAUCAGUACGUGGACGAUUGGGUGACAGACCCUUCUACGGAGAAUUUAGACGAGCUCAACGCCGCUCUUAUUGCACAUCUCGCAUACAACCAGUACUCCCCUGACAACAAAAAUGUGGACAAAGCAUUGGACGAUUAUACGGUUGCGGUGCACGCCGAUAAGUCGGAUGACGUACUCAAGAAUGUGAUCGCCCUGUAUAUCUACAUGGCUGCGCGCGGCAUUGCGGAAGGGCCGGAGUACGAUAGUCCUAAGGAUCUCAAGCGCAAGGUCUGCCUCGCGCAGCUGAAGUUCAUACCCACGUCUCACAACAACUCAGAUGGACUGCGCAAGCGUUGA